AUGGAGAGCAGCUUCCUGCAGCCGAAGCAGCAGCAGUACAAGCUGGACAAGCAGAGCCUGCAGAUCAAAAGCCUGCAGAGCAAGGACAACAAAACUCAGAGUCCAAAGUGGAGGAUAAACCUAAAGAAAAGCCUCAGCCAUGCCAACCAAAGCCAAAAUGCCAGUAUGGAAUCUGCACAGACACAGAGACUCCCAGUGGACUGCCAACAGCUCUUCCUAGAAGGGGAGAGGAGCAGUGGGGUGUUCCAGAUCCAGCCUCCUGGGGCCCAGCCUUUCAAAGUCCACUGUGACAUGACUGCAGAAGGCGGCUGGACAGUGAUCCAGAGGCGUGUGGAUGGCUCUGUGGAUUUUGACCAGCUUUGGGAAGCCUACAAAAAUGGUUUUGGAGAUCUUAAUGGUGACUUCUGGCUGGGCCUGGAGAAAAUAUAUUGCAUUGUCCAAAACAGAAGAUACAAUCUCUUGAUCGAACUGGAAGACUGGGAAGGAGAAAAGCAGCUCAUUCAAUUCCUCUUUAGCCUUGGAGAGGAGAACACAGCCUACACACUCAGCCUCCUUGGACCUGUGUCUGGAGAGCUAGAAAAUGCUGUUGGGGACUUUAGACAGUUGCCAUUUUCCACACGGGAUCAGGACCAUGAUCUCAAAGCAGACACAAACUGUGCCAAGCACCUAUCAGGAGGCUGGUGGUUCAGCAGCUGUGGCCAUGCCAACCUCAAUGGGAAGUACUUCCGUUCCAUUCCUCGCCAAAGGCAUGAGCGGAAACAGGGAAUCUUCUGGAAGACGUGGAAAGGAAGGUAUUACCCUCUGAAGUCGACCAUCAUGAAAAUCCAACCCACAGAGCUGGAAGCAGAAUCUUAACUUUGCUGCCGCUUAAGACUCGAUCAGUCUUAUUUUUUGUGGAGCACUGAUGGUGAGGCUCCAUCUCUUGUGUUUACAGAAAACAAACAACCCCUCCAGCGAGCGUUCGGAGACGUUCCCUCUCACUAACCACCUGUUAUCUUGUAGAGACUGUGACAUGGAGCAAUGCAGUGACUGGCUUUUGUAGGUCAAACAAUUUGGGGCUAAAGGCCUGAAAGGAUGGGAGCUUCCAGAACUGGGGGGUAGUCCUUGGCAGGGAAUAAUGCAUCUAAUGCAGGGGUUAGCAACAUUUUUUGGGCUGAAUGCCAAAAAACCCCCUGCAACCUGGACUUGGAAGAUGUUGGCAUGCCAGAGGUGGACAGUGAGGGAGUUGUGAGGGGCCGGAUCCUUACUUUGGGGGUGCAGCCCUGGCCGCUUCCCCACUGCGCUCUCCAAGGUGCGCAUGGAGCCUCUGCCAGCUACAAGCCGGGCCAGGGCUCCGGACCCCAAAAGAGAUGCUCUGAAACAGAUGCCCACUCCCUGCCAUCCUGUCAAUUGAAAGGGCUGGGAGGGAACUUGUGGCAGUACCUUGGCAGCUGCCAGGGCAGCCUGGGUGGCUGGAGGUGCCUUUCCUGGGGGGUUCCCAGCUCAGCAGGGCCAUGCAGCACCACCACCCGCUUAUGGGGUGUGGGAGCCCACUGCCUCCAGGGCUCUCUGAGGCUCCUGAACUUCCAAGCUGGACCCCACCAGAUACCCACAAUGGACCCGGCAUGGCAGUGGACAGCUGUUGCCAGCUUCCCUUUCCUCAGCCGCGUCCCAUUUUCCCAGCAGCUUCUGGGAAAUCGCUUCACUCUGGGCACCAGGAGAGCUCUGGGUUGGGCAGCCGGGAUAAAACAGGUGUGGGCAGGCGCAGCAGCUGGGCAAGGAGUGCCAGGGGGCAUGGCGGGUGAUGGGGAGUGCAGUAGCAUGCAGCCCAGGCUCGGGGUGGGGGGUAGUCUGGGUGGGGCAGACACUUACCAUAGGACAUAGUACAUAGGGGCAGGCAGGGGGUGCGCUGCAUGCAGCCUCCCACUCACGUCUGCAGCUGCUGCUAGCCUAUAGCUCCCUCCCACGGGGCAGUCGGGUUGCACAUUGCUCUGUGGUGGCAGGGUCAGGGCAGGCAAGUGCUUCAGCAACUGCUCGCAGAAGGGCUCAUUGUCAGGGGCACAGAACCACAACUACUGGCCCCUAGCCUGGCUCGGCAGUCCCUGGUCCUUUCCAUGGGGCUCCUGGCCAUCUGUGCCACUUGCUCUGGCUUCCAGCCUGAGCAGGGGUGCAGGUGGUGCCAUGGCUCAGCCUCUGGCCCCAGGGGUGGUAGAUGUGGAGGGAGUUGGCUCCACCGCCUCUGCAGCUCAGGGAGUCUGUGGCUUGGCCCGACGCAGCCCCAGGCCGCUCUCCCUACACCCCCCCACCUCUAGGUGCUACCAGCAUGGGCUGCUGUUGUGGCAGGUCCCUGUCUCUGCUAAAUGGAGGAGGAAAAGGGUAGGAUCGGAGAUGCCUCCCAGCUGCCUGCCACAGGCAGCCUGUGCUCUGGGCAGCUGCUACUUGCCAUAGAGCCUGGGCUGCUCACAGCAGGGCUGCCAGCCUUCCUGCCACCUGCUGCAAGCAGCCUGGGCUCCAUGGCUACUGGCUGCUCCCCAGAGCCUGGGCCAGCUGUGGCUUGCCAAGCAAAAUGGCCUCAUGUGCCAUGCUCUGGCACACGUGCCAGGCGUUGCCAACCCAAUGUAGUGCAUGCAACUGAGGUAGAAGUUGCAGACUUCCUACUGUUGCCAGGAGUUAAUGAUGCGCAGAGCUUUCUGUCCUGUUUGAUUAGCUGCAUUUGCUCCUACAGCUGGCUUGAUGAGCUUACUGUCCCUGCACAGAAGCCAGGAAAAGGUGAGGUGCAUGGGGGAGUGUUCUUUCACCUUGAUCAAAGCAGUAUGGCACGGGGACCCUUGUGGCCCUUAUUCCUUUCCUUGCACUGCUACCAGAAACUGAAGAUGCAUCCAUUCUCUCCAGAACAGCUGGGAAGAGAUUUUCCUCUCUCCCAUACUACCAUGCAACUGAGCUGUGGUAGCUGGAGAAGAGGGUAGCACAUAUGACUCGUAUCUGGUAUCUCACUUCUAAUGACUCCCUGCCCUGCUGUGUAGGGGCCUCCUUUCUGUCAAACAUCCCUUCUUCCAUUUUCUUCCAUAGAGAAGGUUCUCAAGACCCACACUGAGGAAGGGGAGCCCAGGUCACCUAGGUUCUGCACUCUGAAAGGUCAUCAGAGACUUAACUAAGUUUGAACAUACUUGGGUAGUUGGAGGAAAAAGUGGCAUUACUGGGAGAGAUGCUAUGGCCUGUUGCACAGGAAGUCAGACAAGAUCAUAGAAGUUCCUUCUGGCUUUGGUCUAGGACCAGUGAACUCCAUCUGGAGCCCAUUGCUACUGCUCUGAGAUGCCUAGAGUGCCUUGGAGCACAGAAUGCCCUUGAUGCCCCCUGGGGCAAGGGACCAAUCCUGCCUCUCCAACCUGAAUCCUCGGACUGGGAUAUACUGGCCUAAUAACCUUAAUCCCGAUUUUUUUUUUUUUUCCUUAGAAGGCUCCCGAAUCCCUUUGUGUAAAGAGGAUACUGUUGCCCUGCUGUAACCUGUAAGCAGUUUGCUCUAGAAAGCAAGAGAGAGUAGGGUUCCCUCAGGUGGCAGAACCAGCAAGGAGAGUAGCAUUAGUCUCAACAAGUGUAUCCCAUAAAUACUGCAAAUGUUUCCAGUAUUUUUAUAUUGAAAUUUGGGGACAUGUUUUAAAGAAAGGGUACAGGAAGGUUGCCUAAUCUCUGGUGACCACAGGUAAAACCAUAAUUAUUGAAAAGCUGUUACAGGCCAAGUUUCCAUCUUGGGAGUUCCCAAGCAUCCAGCCCUAUUUAAGUCAUAUUGACUGACUCUUGCUAGAGCUCUUUAGCUGCUGAAUAUUGUAAAUAGUGGUUUGUAGAAUGCUGGAUCUUUUUAAUGAAUUUGCUGUUUAAUUUGUUUCUAUAUUUAAAUGCAGUGUUUAAUAAAAAUGUGGUGUAAUUUAUAAAUGUUGACUUUGGAAAAACAGUAGUAGUUUGUGUAUUUUCCACUUUUUGUACUAAAAAUCUGACUUUUUCUGAAUAAAAACAAACCUGU